UGAGUGAGCCAAAAAUAACGGUAAAUGGGGAGUAGCAGCGUUGAAAGAGUAGCACAGUGAUGUUGGUGUUGUUUUUGGUUGUGUGUUUGCUGCUGUUGUUCUUGUGUGGGCCAUGGGCGGCUCGUAAAGUUUCGUAUUGGCAACAAACGAAGUGGAUCGCUAAAAGCGAAACUGUGCCACACAGAGUACACUUGUUGUUGUAUCUAUUUGUACGUGUAUGUAUAUAUCCUGCUAAAUGUAUUCAGACACACAUACAUACAUAUAUGUAUGUGUAUAUGUAUUUAGCCAACGAAAUAUGUUGGCACACAAAGUUUGACAACAGUAUGGCUUUGAACACGAAACCGUUAACAACACGACAGUGCGCCUAACAGAAUUUAAGAAAGACAAAAAGCCAACACACACAUUUGAGAAACCAAAAACAAAAACACACACGCAUAAGUAAAAGUCAAAACAGGCGAAUGAACUAACUCGCGAGUAACACAAUAAUAAAUAAAACAGAAAAACAGGAGUUUCGAGUGAAGGAAAUAGUUCAAACGUACAUAUGCAAAGUGACAAGCACAAUUUCUCAAAAUUGUAACAAUUUACCGUUUUUCAGCGUGUGUGUGUGUGUACUUAACUGUCAGUGUAUAUGUGUUUGAAGGCAACGCGACGACGAGUCCUCAGUGUUGAACUCCACGCUACUCCAGUUUCGAGCUGUGCAGUUCACGAUCAGCAGCCCAACUAUGGUGGCAUCGGCCGAUCCACAAAACAUAUUGAAAAAACUACAAAAGUACAAACAUUUAAAUGGCACGAAUUUGUUGAAACCACUACGCAAUAGAACACCGAUCUCCACAUCGAAAUAUGACAGCAACAGCAAUCACAAAGCAACAAUCGGUGCGAGUACACAACUCGCACACGAGUUUAAUAAUAUUGAGCCCACUGCAACACCGAAUGCGGCCAACUUAGUCGAGCAACGUGUUAAUAUCACAAAUAAUUUUAUAGAUUUACUACUAAAUCCCGAAUAUGUGGAACAAUUCACCGAAAUGAAUAACGAUCUAUUGCGCGCCUCAAAUGAAACGGUGUCCAAUGACUUAGAAAUGUCGGUAUCCAACCUCAAUGCAAAUCAAAUCAUCAUGUCACCUGCCGCGCUCACCAACCUCUACACACAAAACGACACCUUCUCACAACAGCAGGGACCGCCAAGCAAUCUCGUGGUGGAUACACUAUUGGGUUCAGUUAUGACGACCGCAACGGCCACGGUGACCGGUUCCUCGAAUGCGUUUCGUACUGAAGACCUGCUGCUCGAUCGCAUGCCAACGGAUGCGCAGAGUGGUGCUACGCUAACGAGCUUAUAUGCCAAUUUGUUGGCAGAUAUAUCACCAUCCUCCACUUUCAGCGCCGCCGCCAUCGAAACAAUGUCAACGGAAACAGUGUUGCUGCCGACUGCCGUCGACAAUGAUACGGUCUAUUGGGAACAUGGCGCGGCUGCUGACUUCGAUGUGCUCUACCGCCACUCGUUGGCGAUGACGAUUGUCUAUUGCUUCGCCUACAUUCUUGUCUUUCUGGUCGGUUUGGUGGGCAACAGCUUUGUGAUUGCCGUUGUAUUGCGGGCGCCACGUAUGCGUACGGUCACCAAUUAUUUUAUUGUCAACUUGGCGAUUGCUGAUAUAUUGGUGAUUGUGUUUUGUCUGCCCGCCACGUUGAUGAGCAACAUAUUUGUGCCCUGGAUGCUGGGCUGGCUGAUGUGCAAGACAGUGCCAUACAUACAGGGCGUUUCUGUGGCGGCAUCCGUCUACAGCCUAAUUGCCGUAUCACUGGAUAGAUUCAUUGCAAUCUGGUGGCCACUUAAGCAGAUGACAAAGAGUCGCGCACGUUUCAUGAUAUUCUGCAUCUGGCUGAUUGCCUUGAGCUCCACAAUACCCUGGCUCUUGUACUUUGAUCUUGUGCCGGCCGCAGAGUCCUUCCCGGCAGCGCCCAAUCUCUAUCUCUGCCAGGAAGUGUGGCCACCCGGUUCAAAUGGCAAUUUGUAUUUUCUACUCGCCCACUUGGUGGCCUGCUAUCUACUGCCAAUGUCUUUGAUAACACUGUGCUAUGUGUUGAUUUGGAUAAAAGUGUCCACGCGCUCGAUUCCCGGCGAUUCGAAGGAUGCACAAAUGGAUCGCAUGCAACAGAAGUCGAAGGUCAAAGUGAUCAAAAUGCUUGUGGCGGUUGUUAUACUCUUCGUGCUGUCUUGGUUGCCACUUUAUGUGAUUUUUGCCCGAAUUAAAUUCGGAGGUGAACUCUCGAACGAAGAAAGCGAAGUGCUCUACAAGGUGACACCGUUCGCACAGUGGCUGGGUUCUUCCAAUUCUUGUAUCAACCCAAUUUUAUAUGCAUUCUUCAACAAGAAGUAUAGACGUGGCUUCGCAGCUAUUAUACAAUCUCGUUCAUGCUGUGCACGUAUAAGAUAUUAUGACAACGUCGCCAUUGCCUCGUCCACCACCAGCACACGCAAGUCCUCGCACUAUCAUCAAAAUAGCUCACGCAAGAGUCCCAGCAGCCCCGGCUUACGCAAGACCAAUGCUGUCUCCUACAUUUACGAGCAUCAAUCACUGCGUCGCCAUCAUCACAACGCCAUGCUGAAGCAGGAUAGCAAUCUGUCACAGCAAAUGUUAUUGAAGCAGGACUCUCAUGGCUCGCGACAAUUUUUAAUUAAGCAAGAGAGCGCCUCUAGCGAUGGCUCACGUCGCAUGCUCUGCCAGCAGGAUAGUAAUGGUUCGAAAGUUUCACUCACCAAACAGGAUUCGAUAGUUUCGUAUAUGGAUGCCAGACGCAAUGGUUUGGAUAAAUGUCAGGACUCGUGCUCCACGCAAGACAACAUGUCGAUUGAUUCGCGACGCGGCACGAGCUUUAAAUUGGAUACACCACACAAUUAUGGUUCGCCCAGCACCAGCGCUGCCAUAUUGGAAUACAAGAGACAAAAGUUUGUCAAGCAAGACUCGGUGAUUUCAUUUGUGGAUCAAAGGCCUGAACCCCGACGCCAUCAGCUAGUUAAGCAAGAUUCCGUUAUUUCUUUCGCCGAUCAACGCCGAGGUGUACUCAACAAACAGGACUCUAUAAUUGCAUGUCACAAUCGCACGGGCGACGGCACAGGACAUCAUGUCUCGAUAUUAAAGAAAACAGAGGCUUCACUCGGCGGUGCGCUUGCAUCGCCCAGACGGAAUAUAGACAUUUUUGAGUAAUUUAAAGGAAUUUAGAGAAAUUACAAAAAAUAAAACAAAUAAAUAAAUAAAAUGCUAUGAAUUGCAUUGCAAAGGAAAUUUAGUCAACUACAAUAACAACAAAUU